AGAGGUGGGGAAAGCCGCUGGAGGAGUGAGGGCGACUCCAGCUAUUGACUAAUGGAAAGAGUUGAUGGUAGGAGGCGGGAGUAAAAGCCACAGCGAUUGGCCGGCCGUGGCUGUCGGCGCCGAGGCGGGAGCUCCCGGAGGCGGAGGCGGAGGCUGAGGCAGAGGCAGCGGGUGGGGGCCUGGCGGAGUGAAGGGGUACCAAGAUGGCGACUGAAACGGUGGAGCUCCAUAAGCUGAAGCUUGCUGAACUAAAGCAGGAGUGUCUUGCUCGUGGUUUGGAGACCAAGGGAAUAAAACAAGAUCUCAUCAACAGGCUCCAGGCAUAUCUUGAAGAGCAUGCUGAAGAGGAGGCAAAUGAAGAAGAUGUACUGGGAGAUGAAACAGAGGAAGAAGAACCGAAGCCCAUAGAACUGCCUGUCAAAGAGGAAGAACCUCCUGAAAAAACUGUUGAUGUGGCAGCAGAGAAAAAAGUGGUAAAAAUUACAUCUGAAAUACCACAGACUGAGAGGAUGCAGAAGAGAGCUGAACGAUUCAAUGUACCUGUGAGCUUGGAGAGUAAGAAAGCUGCCAGGGCAGCUAGAUUUGGGAUUUCUUCAGUUCCAUCAAAAGGCCUGUCAUCUGAUGCCAAGCCUAUGGUUAACCUGGAUAAGUUAAAGGAAAGAGCUCAAAGAUUUGGUUUGAAUGUCUCUUCAAUCUCCAGAAAGUCUGAGGAUGACGAGAAGCUGAAAAAGAGGAAGGAGCGAUUUGGGAUUGUCACAAGUUCAGCUGGAACAGGAACCACAGAGGAUACAGAGGCAAAGAAGAGGAAAAGAGCAGAGCGCUUUGGGAUUGCCUGAUGAAAAGCUUUUGAUGCUUUCUGUUCUCCAGUGGUUUCCAUCUCUUCGACUCUUCCUGGUCACAUAUAUACCUAAAUGCACAGUCAUGUGCCUAGGUCCUGCCUUGCAGUGAGGGAGCAUGUACCCCAGGUACAUCCGUGAACUCCAGCAGCAGUUUGACUUACUGCAGUUCCAACUUUAAGGUUUUUGUUGUUGUGUUGUUGUUUUUUAAUUAUUAUUUUGCUUGUUAAUAAAAAAAAAAAUAGAAAAAAAACAGUGUGUUUUAUCAGGUGCUCCUUUGAGUUAUUAGUGCCAGAUUAGACCGGAUAAGGAGAGCUUCAGGGGCAAAUAUUAUAGUGAAUUAGCCAUAAUGCCUUUAUCCUUUAGAAAAGAGAACAAGGAAAAGGAUUGAGUAUGUCCCUUUAAGCCUAUUUAUUUACUUCUCUCAUACUCACAGGCAUCCUUUUACUUCUUUAUCCUCCAUGAAGAGGCCAAGUUUCACCCUGAAUCUUUGCUUCAGCAGGUUGACAUGACCCACUGGAAUAAGAUAGGGAGAAAGAACACUGUGGGUUUUAGGAGGUGCAAAGGAUAUAAACACAAGGACUAGUGAUUGGUAGUCUAUAAUGGAAUGGAGUCCAGAGUCCCUCCCUAUUCUGGAGUCCGGAAGGGCCCUAUUUUCAAGAGUGACUUGUCUGGUUUCAGUCGAAGCCAAUAUGUGGGAUCCUGUUGGUUAUGCAGUUCAGGAAAGGAGAUUGGCUGGGUACCCCUCAGAGCUAGAAGUAUGGGGAUUCAGAGUAUGACAGGACGUCAGAGGUAUUAAGCAUAUUACCAGAUCAUUGGGAACGUAAGCUUUGGACUGGAGGCUUCUAUUUUCUAGUCAAGCCUUAUGCUAGUUUAGUUUGUCUUCUAUUGCAGAAAUAUACUUUUGCAGUUUUGGUGGCAAUGUUUCAUAGAUACUACUAAAAUCCAUUUUCCUUGCUGAGCCUCCUAUUUAGAAAUAUUUGGCUCUCCCUAAGCAGGGUUGCUUGUUUGCAUUUGAAUUUUCAUGUAGAUCUGAGACCUGCUACUUAAUCUUUUUGGACGUGUUGGUAUAGGGUUUCUCCUCUUAAUCUUUACUUCUGUACAUCUAUAUAAGGUUGGGUUUUGUUUGGUUUUCUGAUAAUAAAGCUUAAGAGCUUGGCACCGUA